UUAACUUGCAAUAUUUGCUUUCAUAAUUCAGGUAUCUCUUUCCAAACGCUUAAGGCUUCCAGGUAGCAGCCGGACUUCACAGGCACAAGAUCUUCAUCAGCAGUUGUGGCGAAUUCAUAAAGAUGAAUUUAUGGGUUCGAUUGCAAUUAUGAGAUACAACCUCAUACAACUAUUUCUGCAAAAUGAGCAGAGUUCUCAUCUGAGGAAGAUGAUAGUUGAUCUGGAGGUGCCUAGGUUUGAUAGUGGAUGUCAAUUUAGUCAAGACCCUGCCAUCUCAUACAUUUGGUCAGAGAAAAACUUGAAUGACGAUCAGCGCCGAGCCAUACUUAAGAUACUUACGGCAAAGGAUUAUGCGCUGAUACUAGGAAUGCCAGGGACAGGCAAAACAUCCACUAUGGUCUAUGCUGUGAAGGCGCUGUUGAUGAGAGGUUCAUCCAUUUUGCUUACCUCCUAUACAAACUCAGCUGUUGAUAAUCUGCUUCUCAAACUGAAGGCUCAGUGAAUGGGCAUUAAGGAGUAUCUCCAGCUGUCAUUUGAAGCUCUGCUGGAAGUAUGUGUUCUCUCAUGGAGUAAGGGGUUGAAGGAGCCAUCAAGGAAUUGGAUAUCCCUUUAGAAAAGGCUGGAAGACCCUUUUAGAUGCGAAAUUCUUUGUUUUUUUC